AACGAUACGAAGCGAGAACAGAUACGUAAGUACCACCGCCAGUGCCAUCGGCAUCAUGGACGCAGGAUCUUCGUUGUCCAAAGCGACGCCGUCGAGUACAAAACACCACUGACUCCAUUGGAACCUAGACGUAAAAAUUCCAAAUUACUUUUGUCAAACACAAUGAAGAGCUCCGACUCGAUGCAUCCUCGUUGCCGCACGUCCUCGCGAUACCGGGAGGAUCUGUAGGUGUUAUGACUACCGCGACGAUCGUGCCAUUUUACACGGAUGAUGCCGGAGGAGCGCAACUUCGGAAAUGAAAGCCAAGUUGUUUAGUAUUACCCAAAGAAAACGCGCUGGACGCACUACUUGUCGAUAUAUUUUAUAAUACAUAUACGUACGUAUAUGGGUCAAAUUGAUCGUUUUACAUAUACAUAUAGCGGAUGUAACAUGGUAAAUAAAAGGUCCCCGGCUGGACUUUUGCGCGUGAACUUCGAUUAUCUACGAAAAAGUCGUUGAUUCGUGCGGCCGUAUAUCCUAUUAUUUAUCAAUCACCUCGCGAGCCUGAUACUUUACGAUGGAGGCGUCGGCCAUGCCGCAUUUGGGCCAGGCGGCUUCGGUCGCUUGCACGAUGGCCUCGAAUCUGCUGGCCCCCGUGAAAACCGAGCGCCAGAUCUACGAGAACUCGAUGCUCGAGGACGACCCCAACUCCAACUCGGUGGUGCCGAGCAGCUCGACGGAGGACAGGACGGUGCCCAGGUGGGGCCCGAAUCACAAGGGUGCCCAGGAACUAGCGAGCCUCUACAGCGGAAGCAAAAGGAUCCAAGAAGUGAUUUGCGUGAUCGUGUCCGUGGUCCUCAUGUCGCUCGUCUUUCUCUUCAUCCUCGUGCGGAUACGACUGGAAAACCUGAGCCUCAUAAUGAUAUGCACGUUCUUGAGCAUGCUGUCGACCGAUUUCAUCUCGGGUCUGGCCCACUGGGCGGCCGACACGUGGGGAUCGAUCGAGCUACCGAUCAUAGGAAAGAAUUUCCUCCGACCAUUCAGGGAACACCACAUAGAUCCCACGAGCAUCACCAGGCACGAUUUCAUCGAGACGAACGGCGAUACGUUCGCGGUCACCAUACCAGUGCUCUGCAAGAUCCUGUACGACCUGGUCGUCCUGCCGGAGCCGGAAAUCCAGAGACGAUUUUUUUGGAUCUGCUUUUGGUACCAGCUCACGAUAUUCAUAGCAAUGACGAAUCAGAUUCACAAGUGGUCGCACACUUACUUUGGGCUGCCGACGUUCGUCGUUUGGCUGCAGGAGCACCGGAUAAUCCUGCCGAGGCGGCACCACCGCGUGCACCACGUCGCCCCACACGAGACGUACUUUUGCAUAACGACGGGCUGGUUGAACUGGCCCCUGGAAAAGCUGCGCUUCUGGCACGUCCUCGAGUGCGGCAUCGAGAGGCUGACCGGUUGCAAGCCCCGGGCCGACGACAUGAAGUGGGCCCAAAAACGCUCUUGAAACGGUGUUCCUUCGCAUAUCCUUAUCACGCCCAAAUGUGCUCGCGGCUACUGUUACAAUAGUAUUAGAAAGACGACAUUCUUCGCACAAGUGUUAUUCCGUUCUACUUAUACAUAUACGUAAGUAUAUAUGCUCGUCGAUCAGCUCAGAGUUUAUUUUCAUCACUUGCCGACCGAUACACGUAUUCCGCCUGAUUCCGCGCGCAUAGUGUGUUAAAAUGUUGUACAUAUAAAUAUAUACGUACGAAUAUAAACAUACAUACAUAUAUUUUGCUCGAAGUGCGCGUGUGUGUGUGUACAUAUAGCGUAAUGAGCAGGAGAAAUUUUUGUCAAAAGCGUUGAUGUAAGCCUUAACGGAGACAGUGUGGGUAUAUUUUGUUACAGUGCACGUGGUCGUCGAUGCGCCGUGAAAUAUUUAUUACGAGUGGGAAAAAAAAAAAGAUAAAUAAAUAACAAUGUGUCUUUGUACUUUGGCCUUGAAAUUCAGUCCGAAAGGCAAAUUAGUUGAAUGACAAAAGAAAAAUAGUGUCCAAGGUCGGUUAAAAGUUCAUAUGUCAUGAAUACGAGUACACGACAGAGUGAAGUAUGUUCGCAAAUUUUCAGCCCUUGUAUAUAUAUAUAUGUAUUUUACAUCCAAGACUCAAUUGAAAAUUAAGUAUCUCAGAUUCGUAUAUGUGAGUGUGGGUUUAUUAUUAAUUGAAAACCAUGUUACUUAAAACAUUUGUCUUUUAUAACAUACACGGGAUCGUUCUGCUCUUUUAUUCACGGUUAUCUCACGAAACACUUUGUAUUUUAAAUGACUCGUUUUUACACGCGCACCCUGUAAAAGCUCUAACGAGACUUUGAAACGAAUUGCUAAGUGCCCGAUAAUUUACCCAUAAAUAUAUAAGCAACGCAACGUAACACGAAUUUGCACUAAAUGCAAAUGAGUAUAUAAGAUGCGUGUGUACAUCAUAUAUUUUCAAUAAUAUCUACGUAUGACAAAUAAACAAUAAACCGUUGAAUGUAAUGAUUCGAAAGGAGGGGGGGGUACGCUGCCUAUAUAUACGUAAAAUAUGUAUAUUUUAUUAUCGCUUGCACAGCACCAAUGUCAUCCCUGAACCUUUUCACACGCGCGCGUACCGUAUGUCGAAUAAAAUUUUCAAUAGUGUAAAGUAUACUUUUGAAGAACAAUAUGCCCGUAAAACUUUAAGAACAAUCGAUUAGGAGCAGUUUCGUUGUUUUAAAGGUUUGUACGUGUAAUACGAACGGUCAGAGUACAUUUUUACAAUGUUUGACACAACGCACAAUUCAUUUCGAUAGUUUUUAUGAAAUUAUUUUUAUACAACAAUGACUUUUACUACACAAUUUCGGGCGUUAUAAUGACUUUUGUAACGUCUUAUGUGCCUUAUAUAUAUAUAUUUAUACACUCUGUCAACGUAACUUACUAUUAUCUUUGACCUUUUUAUUCAUUAUUGACUUGCAUUGUGAUGCGAAAUAGAUUUUGCAAUGAUAAUGCAACUAAACAUUUUUUUUUUCUCGCGAUAAAGAAUUAAAUUUUCCUACGAUUAGCAACUAAAACGAAACUAAAAAGCAUACACAAUAUGCUGAGUGUCGGGAAAAAAUUUGCGGUUCUGGUUCAGGGACCACGAAGAUACUUAUUUUCCAAGUGUGUCAUUUUUUUUAAAAGCUUUUAUACUUAGACGCGUCAUAGUUCCUUUUUAUUCAAGAAAAUUACAAUCGUUUUAAAAGUCAAGUCAAGUAACAUUUCGUUGAAAAAUCUACGACAUAUAUAUUUGAUUAUUAUAUUGUUAUUGCAGAAGUUUAUGUUGUUACGAAUUUGUAAAAAGGCAUUGUAUAAUUCUUGUACAAAGUAUUUUUUUUACAUAAAUAUGUAUAUUAUGUACAAUCUAUGUUCAGGAUGUUAUAUUAUUCACUAUUGUUUAAAGUCUCGAUUUUUACCAUUAAUAAUUAUUUCACACCAAAAAGAUUAUCUCGUUAUUUAAAUGAUGUAAGAGUUUCAAAAUCAAGACUUUUGUGUACCAAACUCUUUCAAUAAAAAGUAUAUUUUUUGCAUUUGCAUAAUGGUAUCAAAUACAAACUGUUUUUUAAUUUAUAAGUAUUGAUUAAUGUUAAUUUUUUAUUGCAAUGAAAUUUUAAUAAUAUUUAAAUCAACUGUGUAAAGCAAUGAUGCAUGCCAUGU